CCCACUCCUUUCCCCUCCCCUCACGGGAAGCCCCCAGCUCCCGAGGUACCGCAGACAAUGGAGCUGAUGUGCUGGUGCAGGAGGAGCUGAUUAACGGGGAGGGGGGGAAAGGGGAAAAACAGGGAACAGGGCAAUCGCCUCCUGCAGCCCCGUGUGCUGAGAUCGCAGCUCUGCUCUGGGUACCGGGCAGUGGUGCCAGAGAUAACUGCCUGCAUUUUCAGAAGUUCUGGGAGCUCUAAGGAUGCUUUCCAAGGCUCCGCCAGAGCCCGCAGCUGGGACUGCUCCACGCCGUUAGUCCGCGGGCUCUCAUAACGGCCUAGAGCAACCGAAAGGAGAAACGGGAUUUCUGUGCGAUCCCGGCAGGACUGGGGGUCCGUGGGAGAGCCAGGCGGGAUCUAGGAGCGCCCAUAACUCCGUGUCCUUUGUGCGGCCGGCUCGGGCUGGGAGCGGGGCCCGGGGGCUGCAGGUGCUGAGGCGGCCGCGGGGCCGGCCGGGCCGCGGGCGAUGCCACAGCCCCGGCAUGCGGGGACAGCCGGCUGCGCCAGCCAUUCAAACCCCAGCAGCAAAGUCUUGUGCCGCUGACAGCCCGCUGCACGCCACGGAAAAUGCUGAAGUUAAAGGCCUUCUGCUUGGAUUACUGGCAGUUUUUAUGUCUCCAGCCUCUCCAUGGUUUCUAUAAAAGCGUUGAGGGGGAGGCUCCCAGCAGCGAGACCGGCACGUCGCUGGAUAGCCCCUCGGGCUACCCGCAGGGCCCUAUAACGCACAGCUCCGCCCUGAGCCCCGAGCACUACGAGCACCCCUACGGGCUCUACUCCAUCGCGCCCGGCCAGCAGCGAGCCCGCCGGCCCAAGCUCCAGCACUCCACCUCCAUCCUGCGCAAGCAGGCCGAGGAGGAAGCCAUCAAACGGUCCAGAUCGCUUUCCGAGAGCUAUGAACUCUCUUCAGACCUACAGGAUAAGCAGGUGGAGAUGCUAGAACGGAAGUAUGGGGGCCGUCUGAUCACCAGACAUGCCGCCCGCACCAUCCAGACCGCCUUCCGCCAGUAUCAGAUGAACAAGAACUUCGAGCGCCUGCGCAGUUCUAUGUCCGAGAACCGCAUGUCAAGGCGCAUCGUCCUCUCCAAUAUGAGAAUGCAGUUUUCCUUUGAAGGACCUGAGAAAGUCCACAGCUCCUACUUCGAGGGGAAGCAGGUCUCUGUUACAAACGAUGGGUCAAAGCUGGGCUCCCUGGUACCGUCAGAGUGCAAUGAGCUCGGGGAGACAGCUACCAUGAAGUCCCCGGCAGCGUCCACUGAUUUCAGUGAUGCUAUAACAGAACUGGAGGAUGCUUUUUCCAGGCAGGUAAAAUCCCUGGCGGAAUCCAUCGAUGACGCGCUGAACUGCCGCAGUCUGCAUUCGGAUGAAAUCCAGAGUGCGGAGCAGGUCAGGAGCCGGGAGAUGGAGAGGGAGAGCUGUGCCCCGAGCAAACCAGCGAUCCACAAUGUGGAUCACAGGAAGCUGGACGAGAUGACAGCGUCCUACAGUGAUGUCACAUUGUACAUCGACGAGGAGGAGCUGUCCCCACCCCUGCCACUCUCCCAGUCCGUGGACAGGCCGUCCAGCACGGAGUCGGACUUGAGGCUCCGCUCCGUGAACUCUUCCCAAGAGUACUGGUCCAUGACCCACAAAGAUGAUAAGAUAGACACUGACACGAGCUGCAGGAGUACCCCAUCACUGGAAUGUCAGGAGCAGAGGAUGAGGAUGGAUCACCUCCCCCUGCUCACUAUCGAGCCGCCCAGUGACAGUUCCGUGGACUUGAGCGAUCGCUCGGAGAGGGGCUCGUUAAAGAGACAGAAUGCGUAUGACCGAGGCAUCACCAGCCAGCAAGGCAGCCCUAAACAUAUCCCGCACAGCAUUCCUGCCAAGAUCAUCACCCGGGAGGAGCAGGAGGCCAGGCACAGGGCUAGGCCCAUAGACAGUCACUUGGCCAUCAAUGGCACAGCAAACAGGCAAAGCAAAUCAGAGUCUGAUUACUCUGAUGGAGAUAAUGACAGCAUCAACAGCACUUCCAACUCCAAUGAUACAAUAAAUUGCAGCUCAGAAUCCUCUUCUAGGGACAGCCUAAGGGAGCAAACCUUGAGCAAACAAACCUACCACAAAGAGACUCGCAACAGCUGGGAUUCCCCUGCCUUCAGUAACGAUGUUAUCAGGAAACGCCAUUAUAGGAUUGGGCUGAAUCUUUUUAACAAAAAACCCGAGAAAGGAGUCCAGUACCUCAUCGAGCGAGGGUUUGUGCCCGACACUCCGGUCGGGGUUGCCCACUUCCUGCUGCAGAGGAAGGGGCUCAGCAGGCAGAUGAUCGGCGAGUUCCUGGGAAAUCGGCAGAAGCAGUUCAACAGGGACGUGCUGGACUGUGUGGUGGAUGAGAUGGACUUCUCCACAAUGGAGCUGGAUGAAGCACUCAGGAAAUUUCAGGCCCACAUCCGUGUCCAAGGAGAAGCCCAGAAGGUGGAGAGGCUCAUUGAAGCUUUUAGCCAGCGUUACUGCAUCUGCAACCCGGGCGUGGUGCGGCAGUUCCGCAACCCCGACACCAUCUUUAUCCUGGCCUUCGCCAUCAUCCUGCUCAACACCGACAUGUACAGCCCCAACGUCAAACCCGAGCGCAAGAUGAAGCUGGAGGACUUCAUCAAGAACCUCAGGGGGGUGGAUGAUGGUGAGGACAUCCCACGGGAGAUGCUGAUCGGGAUCUACGAGCGCAUCCGCAAGCGCGAGCUGAAGACCAACGAGGACCACGUGUCCCAGGUGCAGAAGGUGGAGAAGCUCAUUGUGGGCAAGAAACCGAUUGGAUCUCUGCACCAUGGACUUGGUUGUGUGCUCUCUCUCCCCCACCGGAGGCUUGUUUGCUACUGUAGGCUGUUUGAAGUUCCAGAUCCAAAUAAACCUCAGAAGCUUGGAUUGCACCAACGAGAAAUAUUUUUAUUUAAUGAUCUUCUCGUGGUGACCAAGAUUUUUCAGAAGAAGAAGAACUCUGUUACAUACAGUUUUCGACAGUCCUUUUCCCUCUAUGGAAUGCAAGUUCUUCUCUUUGAGAACCAGUAUUAUCCCAAUGGCAUUCGGCUCACGUCAGCUGUUCCAGGAGCAGAUAUCAAAGUACUCAUAAAUUUCAAUGCACCAAAUCCUCAGGACAGGAAGAAGUUUACAGAUGAUUUGAGGGAAUCAAUUGCAGAAGUUCAAGAAAUGGAAAAGCACAGAAUAGAGUGUAAGUACAAAGGUACAUAUAAUGGAGCAUUUUCCAGCUAAUCAAAAUAAUAAAAA